AUGGCUUCUACCGAAAAUAUCGACGAUGAGGACCUCACUGUGCAUGCGUGCUGCGCGCCAGUCUAUGGGUUGAUUCGACCUAUUGAUUCCAGUGAACUUGAUGAUGUCGAAAGACCGUUCUUCCACUGGCCUAUCUUUGGCCCGUUGUUAGUCGAGAAUGAGAGUAGUGACGCGCGCGAUCACUGCGCAAAUGAAAGAACGUUCCUGUCGUACCUCCGGUUGUCGGUUUAUAUGGCCAUUGUCUCGGUGGCCAUCACGCUCUCAUUCCAUCUCAAAAGCGAAGCCACAACGUUGGAAUUGCGCAUGGCAAAGCCGUUAGGUACAAUAUUCUGGGCGCUUUCCGUUCUGACCCUUGUGGCGGGAAUGGGGAACUAUAUAAGAACAGUCAAUAAGUACAGCAAGCGAGCAGCCAUUGUGCAAAUUGGCUGGAAGACACACGCGAUAUUUGGUCUCACGGCAGUCUCCAUCAUAGGAACCUGUCUCAUCCUGCUGGUAAUCGCCAAGGUUCGAGAAUCAACCUCCAAUUCUUAG